CAAACAAACGUGCGUGACCAAACCAAACAAAUCGGGUGAAAUCGGUGCGGGCUGUUGAUUUCUGUUUAUUUUGAUUUCAAAAAUUUUUGUUGUGACAAAAAUUUUCCAUUUUAUUAUACAUAAUACAUAAAUUAUGUAAACAUUAUUUUAAAAUAUUAAUUUAUAUCGGUUAAUACAGAUUAGAACCAUUCGUGUCAAAGGUUAUUGUGAUUAUCUUGUAUAUUAGAAGAAAAAUAGAAGAUUUUUGUGAAUUUUCAAAAUGACUUUGAAUUAUUCUGCCAAUAUAUUGUUUCGCACCUUUACCAGAAAAUCGAACCUGACGAGAAGCUUAGUCCAGAAAUAUUCUUCGGCUCCACUAUUUCCAGGAGCCAGAACAACAUGGACAGAAAAAUUGGAGUUUACCGGACCUCAAAGCUAUGGACCCAUUCCGGUUUACAGAGUAUUAGAUCGACAAGGAAACCUUAUAAACACAAAAGAUGAUCCGAAUUUGUCAGAAGAGAUAAUGGUCAAGAUGUACAAAGACAUGACACUUCUCGGUGUAAUGGAUAAAAUCUUAUACGAUGCUCAAAGACAAGGUAGAAUAUCUUUUUAUAUGACAAAUUACGGUGAAGAAGCAUCUCACAUAGGUAGUGCUGCUGCAUUAACUAACGAAGAUGUUGUCUACGGUCAAUAUCGAGAAGCUGGGGUAUUAUUGUGGAGAGGUUUUACGUUGCAACAAUUUGUUGAUCAAUGUUAUGGUAAUAAGGAUAACUUGGAGAAGGGAAAAUCUAUGCCAGUCCAUUACGGUAGUAGGGACAUUAAUUUUCUUACAAUAUCGAGUCCUUUGGCGACGCAAUUGCCACAGGCAGUGGGAUCUGCCUAUGUCUUGAAAGGCAAAAACCGCAUCGUGAUUUGCUAUUUUGGAGAAGGCACAGCCUCUGAGGGUGAUACCCACGCAGCUUUGAACUUUGCAGCAACCCUAAACUGCCCAGUUAUACUGUUCUGUAGAAAUAACGGCUACGCCAUCUCUACCCCCGUUGAGGAACAGUACCAAGGAGACGGAAUUGCUGCUAGAGGUCCUGGUUAUGGUAUUAAUACUUUAAGAGUAGACGGUAAUGAUGUUUUCGCUGUUUACAAUGCUACUAAAAUGGCCAAGGAAUAUGCUUUAAGAGAAAAUAAACCUGUUUUAAUAGAAGCUAUGAGCUAUAGGGUUGGAGAUCAUUCCACUUCAGAUGACAGUUCUGCCUACAGAUCAUCAGAAGAAAUCAAUCACUGGAAAAGCAACGAUUACCCCACUCACAAAUUGAGGUAUUAUUUGACAAAAAGAAAUAUUUGGAACGAUACUAAAGAAAAAUUAUGGAUGGAAGAAGCUAAAGGUGACGUGAUGAAAGCUUUUACAUCAGGAGAAAAGAAACUUAAGUUGAAUUGGGCUGCAAUGUUUGAUGAUGUAUAUAAAUAUAUGCCUCAGCAUUUGCAAAAACAAAAAAUUGCUCAGAUUGAACACGUAAAGAAUUACAAAGAACAUUAUCCAUUGGACCAAUUUGAGGAGAAACUAAAAGACUGAACCUAUGUACUAAAAUGUCGUAUUUCA